AUAAUUGCAGCUAUGUCGGUCGUGUGUCAGUUAUCAUCCGAGUGUGUUACAUGCCGGUUGUGAUAAUACUAUUUACUCAUCGCUAUCAACAGCUAAAAAGUAGCUGAUUAUAUUUAUUUAUUAAUUAAUAUUUAAUUCACAUCACAAUGCCGUUGAAAUUGUACAAAAUGGACUUGAGUCCGCCCGUGUGCGCUGUGUUGAUGAUCUGCGACGUGCACAACGUCCCCGUUGAGAUGAUUGAUGUAAACCUUCUAUCUAAAGACCACUUAAAACCGGAAUAUGUGAAGAAAAACCCAAUGCACACCAUCCCUGUACUGGAGGACGAUGACUUAAUUAUACACGACAGCCACGCUAUUCUCACUUAUUUAACCGAGAAAUACGGCAAAGACGAUUCUUUAUACCCUAAAGAUCUAAAGAAAAGGGCUUUGGUCGACCAAAAAUUGUUUUUUGACACACUUCUCUUCUUCCGCGUCCGUUCUAUAACCUAUUCUGCAAUAUUUGAAGGCAUCAGAAAGCCAACAGAAAAACAGCUAAAAGACUUAGAUGAGGCGUACAGCUUCCUGGAGGCUUUUCUGUCCAACACCAAGUUUGUAGCCGGUGAUAAUAUGACAAUCGCUGACAUUUCCAUUCUCGCGUCGGUUUCGGCAAUGCGCCAUAUUGUUCCGAUCGACGCUAACAAAUAUCCCAAAGUUGCAGCCUGGUUUAAAUACAUGGAAAGUCAAACGUUCUAUAAGAAAUGCGCUGAAAAGGGAUCAAUUGGACUAGGCCAAGUUAUCCAAAAAGCUUUGGACCUUUGAACAAAAUAUUUGAUAAUUAAAAUAAAACAUAUUUAUA